UAUUUUGCUUACGCGCCAAAAACGUCUAUUGCGCGUAUGACCGGGCUGGUACAUACCUACACUUGCGCGCAUUGUGUACUGCUAUCUGUACGCGGCUUGCAGUAAUAGCGCGAGAUAACAGCUGACUUACACACGUUGAGUCUAGACAGACUGUGUAUAUACGUGUAGUGAAAGCUGUAUAGUGUUUAUAGUAGUAAGUGUAUAGAAGUGUUUAGAAGAGUGUAUACAAGUAAAAGAAGAAUAUAUUAUAAAAGUGAUGGGAAGAAAAUACGACAAAACACAUUUGCCUCUCACUCGCCGCAGGAUGUCGCGAAAGAAAGGAUGGAUGAAAAGGCGACAGUUACUUAUCAGUGAGAAGACAAAGCAAGACGUAAAAAACUUGUCGGAGAUGUGUCAAAUUGAUACUAGCGAAUCCGUCGAUUUAAACAAAUCGGAAGAAUUAUUUCCCGAUACGACGAAUUCAAAUAUCAAAACAAUGCAGUGUCUCGAGUCAAAUACAUGCAUGUAUGUCGAACAAGAUAUUCGUCUUUUCGACGAUAACGAAAAGUUAAUUGACUCGAGAAGCGUUGAGGAUACUAGCGAAUCCGUCGAAUCGGAAGAAUUAUUUCCCGAUACGACGGAUUCGAAAAUCCAAUCAAUGCUGUAUCAGAAGUCAAAUACAGCUAUGUAUUCUGUAAAGCAAAAUGUUAAACUUGGCAUAGAUAAAUGUUUCGAAAGCAUGUAUAUUAAUGAUUCCAAUGACUCCAAAAGCAUGCAUUAUGAUAAAUCCAUUGAUUUUGAAAAAUCGGUAGAAUCAUUUACCGAUACAAUGGAUUCUAAUAUUCAAGUAAUGCGAUGUCUAGAGUCAAAUACAGAUAUAUGCAAUGUAGAAAAUGGUGUCGAAGAUGACAAAUAUUAUGUUAUAGAAAAAAUUAAAAAGAGCUCUAUUGAUAAAGAUGAUAUCAAAGAAAAUUUGCCUGCAGGCCGUCGCAUUAUGGACUUCUCUUUUAUAUGGACUGAGCUGCACAGAAUCUUUGACAGACAUAAUAAAGCACUGGACUGCUCGUCAAUUGAAAAUUUGUUACUUAUAAAGUCUGAAAAAUGUGGGUUGAAAACCCAGCUGUUCUUCCAAUGUAAAAUGUGCAAAACAAAAGCCAGCAUUUGGUCAGAACCCACAAAACCGGAAAUAAUGGACAUUAAUACGGCUGCUGUAGCAGGAACACUUACUGUGGGAACUGUUAUGCCCAGCUGGAAAAGCAGCUUGCAGUCAUGA